GAAUAAGGGACACAGGUUCAGUCUCUGAGAAGCAGAUCAGCUUCAAAAAAACCCAUGAACUAGGCAAAUCUGCUCUGAAAACCAUUAGAAUGACUCUGUGCUUUCAUUCACAGGAGGAAACUGAGUGUCCUUCAUCUCUCUCUGUUAUCAAAGAGAUGACAGCAGGUGAAGCUCUACAGGAUGAUUUCUUCCCACCUGAUGAUCUGUCUUCUGAUGAAGAAUAUUAUAUCGAAGAAAGCAGAGCAAGCCAGUUCAAGAAAUCAGGCAUGAGGCGCAUAGAUGAUAUCAAAAAGGCAUUUUCAAGGGAAAAUAUCCAAAAGACAAGACAAAAUUUUGGCAAGAAGGUAAACAGGCUUCGAACUAGAAUAGUGACCCCUGAGAGAAGAGAGAGGAUCAGGCAGUCAGGACUGAGACUGAAACAAUCUGGGAUAAGGAUCAAGAAAACCAUUUCACAAGCUGCUCCAACGAAGGAGACGUUCAAGAUCCAUAAAAAAAAUAAAGAACGAACAGGAGCCGAAGGUCAGGAGGGGAUCCAGGAAGCCGGUGCGCACAUCGCCUCUGAGCUCGCAACCACAGAGCCCUUCACUGAAGAAAUCUCUUACACAGAAGUGAUCACUAAGGUAAAGAAAGACAAGAAUAGUGCAACAAAAGGUGCUUCCCAAUCAACUGACAAAGGAGUGACAAUCCCAGAAGUGGUUCUUAAGCAGGAAGGAAAGGAAGGAGGAGAUGAUGAUGUCCCUUUGCUGGACUUAAAGCAAUCAGCAUAA